GGCCGCCGUGGGAACGAUACAUACUCGAAACCCGUUUGACGCGAACAAGGACGUCUGUCCGCGAACAGUAGUGUUUUUAUAAUGACCGCGAGUCCAGUGGCCUAUGUUAUAUUUUGACACGGACUGUCCAGGUACGGAGACACACUAGUUUUAGAGCCUGAGCAGCAGUAUGUGGCGAUCGGCUGGCAUGGGCGCGCGGCUGUGCGCCGGAGUGGCUCUGGCGAUGUCACUAACGCUCGGCGCCGGUCGCCGCGACUAUAGGAAGGACUUCGAGCCUCGUCCUUCCGACAUUUCGCUAUGGAUCGACGAGCGACAAGUCCGGAUGUUUAGUGGUAUAUCGAUGCAAGUAUUCGCAAUUUUGAACGGCCGCAUCUCGCCGUACAUUCUCGACCCAAAUUUCUCUCACACACUGCCCGUGAUACCGUCAGAGGUUGGAUACGUUAACUUCACGUGGCGAUCGCGGAAGCGAUAUUAUUAUGACUUCGACACGCUCACGUCCUCUGAUCCGAAGAUCUUGCAGCCGCCUGUACUUUCUAUUAAAACACAGGGUCGGGUGCCUAAAACUUCUAAAGAAUUCAGUAUAUUCCUGCCCUGUGUGGGCAACAGUAGUGGCGUAGCUACAUUAGAAAUAGGCCUAGUGCUCAAGAACGGUCGGAAAGUUCCGUUGAAAGGCACCCCUCUAAGGUUAAACCUAAAGAAGGAGUGCGCGCAGAGAGGUGUGUAUUUAGAAAGGACAGGCCCAGAUCCAGAAUGCGAUAAAAAAUGUGCUAAUCAAGGGUGGUGCAAUCAUGAGAAAAUUUGCCAAUGCCCAGAAGGGUACAUGGGGCAGCACUGCCGCACGGCGCUGUGCUACCCGGCUUGUAUGAAUGGGGGGAACUGUACAGCGCCUGGAGUCUGCUCCUGCCCCCCUGGUUAUCAAGGGAAUUGCGAAGGAGGAAUAUGUUCACAGAAAUGUCUGAACGGUGGAAAAUGCAUACAAAAAGACACUUGUGAAUGUCCCAAAGGGUAUUACGGACUGCGAUGUGAAUUUUCAAAAUGCGUAAUCCCCUGCCUGAACGGCGGGCGCUGCAAGGGGGUGAACAAAUGCCGUUGCCCAGCCGGUCUAGGCGGCAACCACUGCGAAGUGGCACGGCGCGGCGGCGGCGACUGCCCGCGCGCAUGCAGGCACGGGACCUGCAUUGCCGGCGCGUGUGUCUGCGAGCCCGGCUGGCGGGGAAGGGCUUGCCACCGCCUGGCUUAUGGUACGGAUAGUGGAUCCUCAGAAGAAUCAGGCGAACUGAAAAGGCCUCGAUGAGACAAACUACUUACUGACGAUGUGAUUUUCUUCUAUAGAUAUUACAAUUAAUAUUAAAUUAGUCAUUUAGAUAUAAGCUAUGUCAUUUAGUUACGAGAUAAAUGUACAAUUAUGCAAUAUGAUUGAUAAGAGAUUAUAAUUCUA